AGAUACAGCCAGCUUGCAACAACUAAGCAAAUUAGAAAUCAUGGAUUAUUCUCAUGUUUUUUCCACAAAUAAAUACCUCUAAUUUAACACCUUUACUACACACAACAAUCUUAAUUAUCCAGUGCAGAAAGUAUCAGACUAUGAGCAUUUUGCCAAUGAGAUCAUUCUUACUAGUUCUCUUUAUCUGCAGCUUUGUAGUUGCAGUUUCCUCUCGUGGUCCGGUUUAUAAACCGCCACCUGUAGAGCGAUUAACAGAUCGUUUUGCUCAUAAAUCAGUUGAUGCAGCCUUCUCUAACUUGUAUGGAGACAAGAACAUUCAUCAACUCAAUAAUGGUUCGAGUGUCAAUAUCAUUUUGGAUAAAUCCUCAGGUUCAGGUUUGAUUUCCAAGAACAGAUACUAUUAUGGAUUUUUCAGCGCGGCUAUAAAACUGCCUGCUGGUUUUACAUCAGGAGUUGUCCUAGCCUUUUAUUUGUCGAAUUCAGAUAUUUAUCCCCAUAACCAUGAUGAGAUAGACUUCGAAUUACUUGGACAUGAAAAAAGAAGAGAUUGGGUGCUGCAAACAAACAUAUACGGAAAUGGAAGUGUCAAAACAGGAAGAGAGGAGAAAUUUUACCUCUGGUUUGAUCCAACUGCCGAAUCCCAUCAAUACAGCAUCCUCUGGAACAAUCAUCACACCGUAUUCUUGGUAGAUAACGUGCCAGUCAGAGAAGUAGUUCACAAUGCCGCCAUUGCAUCUGCUUAUCCAUCAAAGCCGAUGUCAGUCUAUGCAACUAUAUGGGAUGCAUCAGAGUGGGCUACUCAUGGAGGAAAAUACGCAGUCAAUUACAAGUACGCACCAUUUGUUGCCUCUCUGGGCCAAAUCGAAAUGGGAGGCUGCAUCCAACAAAAAACAGACUCAACUCAAUCAUGUUCCACUGGCCCUUCAACAUUAGACCCUGUCGAAGGCCAAGAGUUUGCUAAGCUAUCGAAACAACAGACAACAGGGCUGGAUUGGGCAAGGAGGAAACACAUGUUUUAUUCUUAUUGCAAAGAUACUUCUAGAUACAAAGUCCUACCAGCAGAGUGCAACAAAGCUUAGUAAUCACACUAUAAUGUAGUGAAGAAUCAUGUUAACAAUUCAUUGUAUUCUACCAGCUAUAAUUAAGCAUUAAUUUGUGAAAUUAUACUUCUAUUGUAAAUUAAGAUCAAGAUUAUCAUAAUCAUCUUAUAAUUUUGUUUCAAA